AAAAAGAAAUUAUAAACUCAAACCUGCAUAUUGGGGAGUAUCAUUGUAUUUUUGUUAAGAAAGGCCAAUCACAUUUUCUCUCGAUAUGACUGCUUGAUUGUGCAGGUAAUCUUUCUAGGUGUGACGUCACAAUUUGAUGCUAGUUUAAACAAGCUGUAUACUCUCAUUCAAUGAUAACAAGAACAGUAACAUAAUAUGGCGAUAUCAUAAUAUAAUGUUUAGUCACUCUCUUUCUCUAACGAUGUUACGUACAGAGCGCUCUUGUGGGAAUCCUGGAACACCUGAUAAUGGAGAGAAGAACUCGUCGUCCUACCAAUAUGGCAACGCCAUCUCAUUUACGUGUAACGUUGGUUACACCAUGCAAGGAUCCCCGGUUCGCACGUGUCAAACUAACGGCGAGUGGACUGGUACACAACCUACAUGCCCCAUUGUUAGCUGUGGCGACCCAGGUAUACCGGCUAAUGGCGUCAGGUAUGGAGAUACCUUCACGUAUCAAAGCAGAGUAGUGAUGGAAUGUGAUCCUCAGUAUAGACUUGUGGGUGACCUCACCAGGACCUGCCAAGCAGAUGGUACAUGGUCAGGGACACAGCCCACUUGUGAGCGUAAGUAGUAAUACAAUAUUUGUUGGAUAUUACGAGCCGUGUCCUCGUUUUCUUGACCAUCGAGACCAUCCUUUGCCCAUCAACUUCAAAAGUUGCGGAUUUUAGCAGUAAUGAAAUUAGAAAGGAACA